AUGGCUGCCUUCAGCGAUUUGAGUGACAAGGUGGGGUUAGGGACCCCCAAAGCAGGACUUCCGGGCGAGCUGCAGUAUAUCCAAUACCAGCAUUCCCUCGAGUCUCAGUACUUGCCUUCUAUACGUGCUCUCAUCUCGAAAGACUUAAGUGAGCCGUACAGCAUUUAUGUUUACCGCUACUUCCUUUACCAAUGGGGCCAUCUCUGUUUCAUGGCACUUAAUCCCAUCGAUUCCUCUCUUAUAGGCGUAGUAAUAUGCAAGCUCGAGAUGCACGCUUCUCAUUCCACACCCACGCUUCGCGGCUACAUCGCCAUGCUCGCCGUCUGCGCCCAAUACCGAGGCCAUGGUGUCGCUACUACGCUCGUCAAAAUGGCUAUUGACGUCAUGGCCAACCGCAACGCCGACGAGAUUGUGCUCGAGACAGAAGAGACAAAUAUUCCCGCGAUGAGGUUGUACGAACGGCUCGGCUUUCUGCGUUCUAAGAAGCUACAUCGGUACUAUCUAAACGGCAACAGUGCAUACCGCUUGGUGCUGCUACUGAAGCCGACGGACGUGGAUGCUACUACGGACCUGGGGCCGGAUGACGAAGGUCCACCUUGA